CUCCCAGCGCCUCAGGAGCUUGUGGUCACUGGACCCUCUCCAUCACGGCUUGGCGUUUGUGCCAUCAGGGAUACAGUGUGCCAUGGCAGAGGGGGAGCCUUGCCCAGUCACCCUGGGCAUAAUGGGAAGAGAGGGGCAGCUGGAAAGCUGGCACCAAUGAGGCCACUCACGCCAGCUGCUUGCUCAUGCCUUGGCACCCUGCCUGCUGUGGAGCGGCAGGCACCAGCAGGCCAGUGCAGCGGAGCAAGGCCCCAUGUCCUCAGGGACUGAGUCAGGCACAGAGGCGGCCAGCUGGCCUGCUGCCUGCUACCGGGAGCUGAGCUGCUUCCCUGCCGUCACCCGUGCCGCCCUUGGGGCCACCGCGGGGGGACAGACCUUCCUGCUCUACACCGAGUGUAGCCGCCCCGACUUGUCCCGCCGCCGGCUGCUGCGAUUCAGCCGCCACUACAGCCUGCAGCGUACAGGCAGCGGCGGCCUCGCUGUCAGCCAGGCAGCGCUCAGCGCCGAGAUCCGCAACCAGCUUCUCAGCCAGGACUCGCCCACGGGACAGCACCGUGCCGUGCUCAGCCGCUGCCCACGGCUGGGCCACGAGCUGCUGGAGGUGUGGGACAGCAGUGGACGCAGCCACAGUGUAGACCUCACGGCACUGGGGAAGCAUGGGGAGAUCUACACGGAGGAGCCCUUUGCCUGUCUGGCCUGGUCCCACUCAGAGACAUGGCUACUCUACGUGGCCGAGAAGAGCCGGCCCAAACCACAGCCCCCCUGCCCCUGGGAUGUGCCAGGAGCAGCCAGACCAGCAGAGGAGGACAAGGAUGAGCAGGAUGAACGGUUUGUGUACCACGAGGACUGGGGGGAGGCACUGAGCACCCGCAGCAUGCCUGUCCUCUGUGCCCUGGAUCUGGAAGGAAGCAGCCUCUCAGUGCUGGAGGGCGUCCCGGAGCACCUCUGCCCUGGACAGGUCAGGAUAGGGUGCAGGGAGAUCCCUUGCGGAGGCCAGCCAGGGGCUGUGGAACUGAGCUCUGCUGUCAUACAGGCCCUGUGGUCCCCAGAUGACCACGGUGUGGUGUUUGUGGGCUGGUGGCAUGAGCCCUUCCGCCUGGGGCUGAGUGCCUGCUCCAACAGGAGGUCAGGGAUUUUCUACUUGGACCUGGCCAGUGGGCACUGUGAGCUGCUGUCGUCUGAGUACUGUGCUGCUUGCUCCCCGCGGCUGAGCCCUGAUGGCCAGCGCCUGAUCUACCUGGAGGGAGAUCUGGGAGGACCCCACCGCCAGUGCUUGCGACUGUGCAUGAUCAACUGGCAGACAAGGCAGGCAGUGACUGUUCUCGACGUGGUGCAUGAGCCUACAGAGGCCUUCGCUGGGCUCUAUGGAGAGGCACUGCCGCCAUGGUGCUGGGCAGCCGACAGCCGACGAGUAGUGCUGGGCACUGCACAGCGAAGCCGCAAGGACCUGCUGCUUGUGGACACAGAGACAGCUGUUGUCACCAACCUCACAGCAGGGUCACCUGAAGGAUGCUGGGAGCUGCUUACCUUCCAGUGGGACCUGUUGGUGGCCACGUGCUCAGCCCCACACCACCCUCCCAGCCUUGUAGUGGCGGUGCUGCCUCCAGCGGGCCGAGAGCUGCCGAUCCACUGGGUGCCAGUGGAGGACAGCCCAGCAGUGCCUGGUGUCACCUGGAAGACCCUACAAGUGCAGCCACCACAAAGCAGGCAGAGCCCCACCUCGCAUGGUACCCUCGCUUUUGAAGCCCUGCUGCUGAGCCCACCAGACAGCAUGGUACUACACCCCCUCAUUGUGUGCCCCCAUGGUGGCCCUCACGCUGUCUUUGAUGCCCGUUGGCGCCCAAGCAUGGCUGCACUGUGCCGGCUGGGCUUUGCUGUGCUCCUGGUGAACUACCGUGGCUCCCUGGGCUUCGGUCAGGCCAGCAUCCACUCCCUGCUCUCCUGUGUGGGUGAACAGGAUGUAGCAGACACCCAGCUGGCAGUGGAGCAGGCACUGAGCAGUGAGCCCCUCGACCCACACCGCCUGGCCCUGUUGGCUGGUUCCCAUGGAGCCUUCAUUGCCCUCCACCUUCUUGCCCACGAGCCUGAGCGCUACCAAGCCUGUGCCCUGCGCAGCCCAGUCUCCAACCUGCCCGCGCUGCUGGGCACAUCUGACAUCCCUGACUGGCGCUACACCUCCCUGGGGCUGCCCUACUCCUUUGAGCGGGUGCCAUGCACUGAAGACAUGAUCACCAUGCUGCUGCACUCGCCCAUUGCCCGGGCAGCCCAGGUGCAGACGCCAGUGCUGCUGUGCGUGGGGGCCCGGGACAGGCGUGUCAGUCCCACACAAGCACUGGAGCUGUACCGGCUGCUGCGGGCCAGGGGGGUGCCAACACGGCUGCUGUGGUACCCAGAUGAUGGCCAUGCGCUGACAGGUGUGGAGGCAGAGGCCAAUGUCUUUGAGAACUAUGCCCGCUGGUUCCUACAGCAUCUGGGGCAGCCCCAGCAGGAUGGAACAGGCCAGCACAGGUCCUAGCACAUGCUGUGCCAGACCUGGGAUAACUGCUGGCCCUGGGGACCACACCAGGACCAGAAGAAGACAGAGUGAGUGUAGCCAGGAGCAAGAGACAAAAAGACCUGAUUUGAAGAUGAUGCAAAAUAAAGGUGUGAGACCCUGUGUAGUGCCAA